GCCCGCACCCGGAACCUUGGGUGCGCGGAACCUCGGUGCUGCAGGGCCGGCGCGGAGGACUCGGAGGGGGAUGGAGCGGGCGCGCGGGCCGGGGGCUGAGGCCAACGUGCCGGAGGAGGAGGAGGAAGAAGUGGAGGUGGGGGCGGCCAUGGCUGCUGUGGCGGGUGUCGCGGGACCGGCGGUCCUGCAGGUAGCUGGGCUCUACCGAGGCCUGUGCGCGGUGCGUAGUCGCACCCUGGGCCUGGGGCUCGUGUCGCCUGCUCAGCUGCGUGUGUUCCCGGUGCGCCGCGGCUCGGGUGAGCCCGAGGGGGGCGCCGACCGCAGUGGGGUCGGGGCAGAGGCCGAACUCAGGGCCAACCCCUUCUACGAUCGCUACCGUGACAAGAUCCAGCAGCUGCGCAGGUCUGACCCAGCUGCUUUUGAGUCUCGCCUGGAAAAGCGCAGUGAGUUUCGGAAACAGCCAGUGGGGCACUCGAGGCAAGGUGAUUUUAUCAAAUGUAUGGAGCAGAAGGCAGGUGCCAUGGGGAAACAGCCUAUCAGCAGAGGAUUCACUAAGGACAAGACUCUCAGUUCAAUCUUUAACAUUGAGAUGGUAAAAGAGAAAACCGCAGAGGAAAUAAAACAGAUUUGGCAGCAGUAUUUUGCAGCAAAAGAUACAGUCUACGCGGUUAUUCCUGAAGAGAAGUUUGAUUUGAUAUGGAGCCGGGCUCAGUCCUGUCCAACAUUUCUGUGUGCUCUGCCAAGAAGGGAAGGUUAUGAGUUCUUUGUAGGACAAUGGACAGGUACUGAACUCCACUUCACUGCACUUAUAAACAUUCAGACCCGAGGGGAAACUGCAGCCAGCCAGCUGGUUUUAUAUCACUAUCCUGAACUUAAGGAAGAAAAGGGCAUAGUACUAAUGACUGCAGAAAUGGAUUCUACAUUUCUGAAUGUUGCAGAGGCACAGUGCAUCGCCAACCAAGUUCAGCUCUUCUAUGCCACUGAUCAGAAAGAGACGUAUGGGUUAGUGGAGACCUUUAACCUCAGACCUAAUGAGUUCAAAUAUAUGUCUGUCAUCGCUGCAUUGGAGCAAAGUGGACUUGGAGCAGAACUGAAAUGUGCCCAGAACCAAGAUAAGACCUAGAGCUAGAAGGGUUGGCCCUUCACCAAGUCACUCAGCCCUGGAUAAUCUAGAACCCACCCACCCAUCAAGAACUCAGAGUUCAACAUCUAUUAAUGAGCCAUCUGUACUGAGCUUCCCUGUGUGCGUAUUGCAAGAAGUGAUUCUGGAGAUGAGCCCUAUUACUUAAUAUUCAGGAAUGAAGAUACCCAAAUAUUCUGGUAACUAUUUUAGCAUACUUGAAGUUUCCUUUUAAGUGUUUGAGGUUAUAACAAGAGACAGCCAAUGAUCUACAGGACAGUUGACUUUGUAUAGUGUAACAGUGCAGUUGCAUUCUGGCCAUUUUGACCUCAUAGCUCACAAAUGAUUAGUUUGUCAUCUUUAUGAACUUGUGAUGGGAUAAUAAGCUUGAAGACUUGCUAUUGCUAGAUGUGGGCUUUAUAUACUCUUCCCAUGCUCCAGUCAUCUGCCCAAAGGCAUAACUAAGAUACUCUGUUUAGACUCUAGAAUAACCAGAUAUUCCCAUCAGGAUAAAGUCUUCAUCUAGAGGCCUUUAGUUAGUUGGUUUAGAGUAUCAGCAAAUUUCAAGUGUAGUUAGAUAAACAUAUACAAUGCCUGCACUAUUAAACCAUACUUGUGGCACCUGGUUCUCUAACUGCUGGUUAGAAAUUGUUUUUGAUGGGGUGAAUCGGUGCAGGGUAAAUAAACCAAAAUACUUUUAUAAAGAGAAGAUCAAUCCAGAUUUGCAUGAUUUUUUAAAAACAACUCUAAGCAUUAUAUGAAAAAGUAGAUAGAAGCAAGUGUUCCUGAAUGGGGUGUGAGGAAAAUGUAGCAAUAAAAAAAUAUAGUCUGGCUUACAAUCUUUGUUACACAAAAGAAUGAAAUUUAAGCUGUAUGCUGUCCAUAGUGUCAGCUGUAUAGGCUGAUUUUAUCAAAAGUCAUCUUGGGACUCAGCAGUUGUUAGGAACACCAGAAAUCAGAACGUUAUUCUUCAGCACUGGAAACCCAUCUUUUGUUUGUAGUGUUGCUAUCGUGGCUCACUGAUAGAAGAGGAUGGUGGUUACACACCAGCCUUCUGAAUCCAGGGCCCUGAGUGCCCCCCAAGAUUGUUGUCAGCUGCCUUUACUGCCUUUGCUUUGUUGAUCUAACAUGUUCUGCUUUGCCUACUGCUCCUACCUAAGAUCUGGUUGGAUGACGCUGAAUAUGGUGAGUGGGAAUUUAAAGUAUUUACAGUUUGUGUGUGUGUAUGUGUUUGGGACCUGUCUCCCAGCUCUUUAAAUAGAAUCAAACUUCCCAUUGUUUUCUGAGUUGUGUCUGUUUUGUUCCACUGAUGUGUCUGUGUGUAGAGAGAGAGAAAUAGUGUUUGUUUAACCUCAAGAAGCUGCUACCCUUUCACAAUUUCUCUAGAGAUUGAGCUCUUUCCUAAUACAAAUUCUGAACCUGUUUCUGGUCCUGGCAGUUCUAUUUUGAGAAACUUGAGUCUUUGCAGCCCUGCCAUUUUCCUUAAAUGCCCUCUGACCUGGACAUUUUGAGUCCCAGGAAUCUUUGAUGUCAGGUAGGGUUGCUUUCAUGGUUAUCCAGUUAUAUUUGCUUUUGCCUCCAGUGGACCCAGUUCUUAGCUAUAGUACCUACUUAUAACACCUUCACCAGAGGAUAAGAAAGUGAUGGAAAAACAAAUAAGAAAUGGCUGGCCAUUUUAUCAUUCUUCCUGGCUUUGCCUUCAGUCCCCACUUGCCAAGAAGUAUGUAUCCACUACAUUGGACAUGACUAAAGUACCAUCUGACUGCUUUUUUCAUUUAUUUACUGAGACAGCUCUGGUGAAUAACUAAAAGAAAAUCAUAACAUGUUUUCAGUAAAUUUGUCCCUCGGUGCUAGCGUGAUGUUAUAGAAAGUGGACAGACUUUAGAGGUAAAUGAUUCUGGGUUCAGAUGUCAGCAUUGCCAGCAGUACUAUUCACUAGCACUGUAAUGUUAAACAAAUUACUUAAAAUCUCUGAUUCUGUUUUUUCAUCUGUAAAAUGGGGAUAAUAUCUACCUCAUAGAAUUAUUGUGAGAAUUAAAUUAACGUACAUGUAGAUUACCAUAGAACUUAAUAGAUGCCAAUUCCCUUCCUUUUCUCUAUUUUCCCUGCCCCUCAUUAAAGACCAACACAGAUUAACAUUUCAGAUUUGCAGAUCAUUCUUCAUUCCAGUUAGAAGAACAAACUUUAUUUUACUGGUUCUGAAACUUUAAGAUGCAAUAGAAUCACCGAGAGCACUUUAAAAUGCAGAUUCCUCAGCCUGAAAACCCCCUCAAAACCUGCUGAAUCAGAGUAUGUGCAGAAGGUGGUGGGAUUCUAUACUUUAAAGUAUGCUCCAUGUGAUUCUGAUAGUGGUAAUCAGCCACCGCAAUUUGGGAACCGUCGCCUUAUUUAUUCUUUACAAAAAUGUGUGUUAGCCAGGUCUUUUCUUUCCUGUGGACACUAACCAUAGGCAAUAGUUUCCUCUGCUCUUUGUCUCCCAUAAUGUUUCCUUUUGCGUAUUCUAAUUACAUUAUAUUUAUUUAUUCUUGUGUCUUUUUCCCCCUACUAAACUGUGAGCUCCUUGAGGGCCAGGGCUUAUCUCUAUUCCCAGUGCCAAGGACAUGGCCUGGACCAUAUGAAAUAGUUGUUUGUUGUAUAAAUAAAUGACAUGGACUUUAGCCGAAA